ACACUGCUGGAAUACUAAUAGUAUCCUAAAAAAAUAUAAGGGCAGUAGGUAAAAAGGAUAUCUGAUUCGCUUCAGUUUUCAUUUGUGAUUGAUUGAAUGAAGACCUAAGACGAAAAUGAAGUGUGUGGUGUUAACAGCGGUUUUUUUGUACUUUGUCCUUGUGGCUGAUGCGGAAGAUACUUCUGAAGAAAGAAAGAUAGAACCAGAUUCUUUCUUGAAGGCGUAUGAGGAUACGAAAAAUUUGAAUUCUCGAAUUUCCUCUGUUCCGAAAGGAAAUAGGAGAGAGAUAGACACGGGAUAUCCAGGAUCAGGACCAGGACCUCAAUAUGGAGCUCCAGUGUAUGUUCCUCAGAAAAGUUACGGUCCCCCUGUACCAUCUUAUGGACCUCCUGAACCUAUAUAUGGACCUCCAGUUCAUAGUGAACCAAAACCAAUCUACGGCCCGCCUGUACACAGUCAACCACAGCCAGUGUAUGGACCUCCUCAACCGGUAUAUGGACCUCCUCAACCAGUAUAUGGACCUCCACAACCAGUAUAUGGACCUCCACCACCAGCAUUCAAUGGAAUACCCUAUUCUUUGAUAGAGGGUAUUUUCGACAAAUUCAAAUACAAAUUAGACCUGUUCACAAUAGGCAAAAUCAUCCUUAAGUUAGUCAUUUUCAAAAAAAUCGUUAGUUUUAUAGGAAUAUUGUGCCUUUUGUUAUUUAUACCAUCGUUGAAGAAUAAGAAUAUGAUGCAAAUGCCCCAGAUGGAUGAAGAAAUGUUCAGGAGUUUUGUUACGAAUUAUAAAUACGAAUAAAUUAUUGAAAAAAGUAA